AUGAGUUUUGCUUCUUCUGCUGAGCCUAGACAUCAUCCGGAUUGCUGUAUGGCCAUCUCGCAACCCCUGCUCCACACCCUGUCCAACCUCCUGCCGAAUGGCCCAGCCAUCUCUGUGCUUAGCAUCGGUAGCGGUACCGGCCUCCUCGAGAGUCUGCUGUCUGAAAUGCUUGACGACUCGUACGACGUUUGCGGUGUGGAGGUAUCUCCUAACGUCAACAAAUAUCUGCCAGAGGAGAAUAUGUUCUUCGUUGGCGGCACCUGGGACCUCUGUACACAGGCAGGUAGAUCCAAGGUUUGGAUGUUUACCUAUCCUCGCGAUCCCAAACUGAUCGUGCGAUAUCUUGACAUAUAUGAUCAUGCUGGACUUUCCAAACUUAUCUGGCUUGGCCCGAAAAUGGAUUGGCAGGAUUAUGAAGGCGUCUUCGCUUCUUCGAGAUUCAGCAACCUCACUAUUCUAGAAGACUGUGGUAUGGCAUCAUACGAAAUGGUUGUCGUUGCAGAGCUUUCUGGUUCACCAUGA